ACUCAUUUCCCCCUCUUUACACAGGUUUCUGAAGCAGCCAUGGCAGCAGUACCUGAACCCGCCAGUGAAAUGAUGGCUUACUGCAGUGAUGAGAAUGACUUGUUCUUUGAGGCUGAUGGCCCCCAACAGACUAAGUGCUCCUUUCAAGAUGUGGACAUCAGCUCUCUGGGAGGUGGGAGCAUCCAACUGAAAGUCUCCCACCAGCUCUGCAACUCCAGUUUUAGGCGGGUCGUGUCGGUCAUGGUUGCUGUGGAAAAACUGAAGAAAAUGCCCAUUGUCUGCUCACAGGACUUCCUGGAUGAUGACCUGAGAAGCCUCUUUUUCUUUAUCUUUGAAGAAGAGCCCAUCAACAGCAUGCAGGAUGAUGCCUACGUGUGUGAUGCAUUCCUACCAUCGCUGAACUGCAGACUCCGUGACAUAAACCAAAAAUCCGUGGUGCUGUCUGGACCACAUGAGCUGCAGGCUCUUCACCUCACUAGACAGGAUAUGAACCGACAAGUGGUGUUCUGCAUGAGAUUUGUGCCAGGGGAAGAAAAUAACAACAAGAUACCUGUGGCCUUGGGCAUCAAGGAAAAAGACCUAUUCCUGUCUUGUGUGAUGAAGGACCGGAAGCCCACCCUGCUGCUGGAGACAUUAGACCCCAAAGAUCAGUCAAAGAAGAAGAUGGAUAAGCGAUUUGUCUUCAACAAGACAGAAAUCAUGGGCAAGGUAGAAUUCGAGUCUGCCCUGUAUCCCAGCUGGUACAUCAGCACCUCACAAAUGGAACAGACACCCGUCUUCCUAGGAAAUGUUAGAGGUGGCCAGAAUAUAACUGACUUCACCUUGGAAAUCCUGUCUUCCUGA